AUGCGCGCGGCCGGGGCCCAGAGGACGAAGGAAACAGAUGACAGACACGCGGCGAUCUCGGACUGCGGACACCCACGAGGACAAUCCCGGCAGCCCUGUGCGCCCCGAGACCCCUGCAGGCUCCGCCCGCCCGUGCACAACUCGCCAGGCGGCGCUGCGCGGGGAGAAGAGGAACCAAGAGCCCUAGCCCCUGGAGCGCCGCGGAUCCUGAUUGGUCCUGUUACUCCGCGCCAGCAUCCCCCACCUCGCCCCGCCCACCCGGUCACCAUCCCUGGUGGACCAGACACUAAGCAAGUACUGGGUCCUCAGCAUGGGAUGCGCUGUGCACCAGGGAUGACGUUUGUGGGAAACAAGGACCUUAUGGAGAAGGAUGAAGGAGACACAUUUCUCUCGUGGAUUUAUGGACUGUCGAUGCGAUGUGGGCCUGUGUGUAUCCGUUAUGCCUUGACCAGCCUUCUCAUUGAAGGUGUGGUGACACAUGCCUUUGAUCUCGGCACUCCGGAGGCAGAGGAAAUGCUACAAGUUUGAGACCAGCAAAUAUCCAGCCCGCCAAGCUAACCUAACAAGAUCCUAUUUCUUCAAAGAAAAGAGGCCUUCUGUCGCUCAUCUAACACGAGACAGUUCUCGCGUAUCACUGGAACACCCUGUCAGAUUUUCAAGGAUUCAGAUGACUUACUUGCACGUCAUUUCACGACACCCCGUUGGCGAGCGUUAUAGGACAUUUGGGGAUAAGGAAACAGGAGCUAGACAGGUGAACAAAAACAACUGACCUCAGGUCAAGCAUGAAUGAGGAACAGAGCUGGGAACUCCGCCAGUUGUUAUCAGCCAAGGUGACCUCUUGCCCUUCCUGCUAGCCUCACAUGCACCAUCUUCCCCUGGGCUCCUUCGCUUGUCACGAGAUUACACCCAUUCGCGCCGACACGCCCAGCUGAAGAAUGAAGAUAGAAGGAUCAAAGUGUUGCACUGGCCCACAGAAAGCAAAGCCCAUCGUCCUCCCUGGGAAGGGGUGGUCUUAGACACCCAGGUUGAAUAAAAAGCCUGCCUUUGCUCCUCUGAGGCUAUAAAUACGUGGGGCUUGUGCAGCCCAAAAAGACUGAGUGAAGUCCCCCUGCCCACACACAUAUGCAUGUGGAUAAAAUAAGGACAUGACCUCUCCAAGACAAGGUUGCCAAGGAGGGUUUUAUUGUUACUUAUUGCAAUGGAAGCAUACACCGUGGCUUCGUGCUGAUGGCGUCAUCUGCCGCAAUGGAGGCAAAGCGCAUCCUUGCUAUUUAAAAACGUGUUUUCCUAAGCAAAAGUUGUGUAUAUAAUAAGGGAUGGGUUGUACCUGUAAGGCUGGUACAGAGUCAGACAGUCCUCUGUGGGGGAGUGAGGCUGAUUAUAGGGAAGAUGAAAAAACGAUGCAAGCCACUGAUGGGAGGGCUGCGGGUCAUCACCACACCAAACCCGAGUGUAGUUCUCACAGCCGUCUUAUACUACAGUACCAUGGGAAGCAAAGCCACAGGCCAACAGGAACAGUUUUGCUGAACUACAUAAAAGACAUUUGCUCUCACCCCAAAAAUUCCCUGUUCAAAAGGACGCCAAGGUCAAUAGAAUCUUCAGUCCCUCACCCUGAGCCUCAAGCAUACCUCCUCUUAUGGGUCCAUGCCUUAGCAGGCCGGGAAAUCUGCCGACAGACCCUGCCCUGCCUCGACUCUGCCUGGCAGACAGUCUCCUUUCCUCCCUCCCUCCCUCCCUCCCUCCCUCUCCCUCUCUUUCUUUCUCUCUCUGUUUUUUCAUGCUUCAGAGAAGUGGCAAACGGCUCCUGGCUAUAGAUUAUUUCUCCACCAGUGAAAUGAGCCAAUUCAAGCCAGAUUAGAAUAUCUUAAAGGCAGAUGCGUUGGGAAGCUGCUCUGAGAGUGCCACCACUGCCUGGCUCUCUUCUUGAGGUAAAAGGCCUCUUUCAUAACACAUGACCUUCCAUCUAUUAGCAGUUCUCACCCUGUGGGUCUCGACCCCCUUCACAGGGGUUGUUGAGAACCAUCAGAAAACGUAGAUAUUUGCAUUACAAUUCAUAACCGUUAUGAAGUAGCAAUGAAACUAAUGUUAUGGUUGAGGUCACCACCACAUGAGGGACGACUGCUUCAGGAAGGGUGGGAACCACUGGCCUAAAUCUUCUAUCUGAGGCAUUCACCUGUGAGUAUAACACUUGUGUUGCUAGUGUGCUCUGGUUGAGAGAAGACACAUUGUUUAUUUGUUUUGUUGUUGCUGUUAUUGUUGGUGGUGCUGGUUACUGACAGGCUUCUCUCUUUUGGUGCAAAUACAGGCCAGAUUAAAAGUAGAUAAAGUCGGGGUUGGGAAUUUAGCUCAGUGGUAGAGCGCUUGCCUAGCAAGCGCAAGGCCCUGGGUUCGGUCCCCAGCUCCGAAAAGAAGAAAAAAAAAAAAGUAGAUAAAGUCAGGUUUACUAGGAAG